GAGCACAUGGUGCGUAAGACUAAUCUUCAAUGUACGUUGUUGAUUACAACGGUGUAUUCCGUGCGCUACACAUGGUACCGUUACGAUUAUAUACCGAAUUUCAUACAAAAGUAUAAUAAUUAAUAUUAAAUAUAAAAUGAAAUAUCACGUGGUUAUGAUAUCUUAAGAGAUUAUUUAUUUGUCGGUUUACUUGUACUGAGAUGGACGUUUAUCGCAAGAAAAUUAGGUUUUGAAAGACUAACUUAAAUAUGUGUAACAUUAAGGGAAGAGAUUCGUUACUUAAUAUAUUAUGUGUUUUUUUUGUGGCCAGUUUAUUGACAGUACUUUGUGAGGAGUCGCUCGAACAUGAAGAGGAUGAUAGCAGAGAAGCUAGGGAAUAUCUACCAGAGAACUGGCACGCUGUCGAAUCAACACCAGAAGGGGCGCAGGGUUGGGUACCGAGGGACCCUGAGAGUGGACCCAUUACUGUGACGAAACGUCGAAGGCUUCGUAAACGAAAGCGAAGACCACCAAUCGUCACUUAUUUAGAUCAAAAUGCGGAAAGUCUUGAACAAGCCAAUUCAAAUAUCAGGCAACCGAUAAAUGAAAGAAAAGAAAGCUUGACUAUCCAAUUAGAAGAAUUACCAAUUAAUCCACCACGGAGAAGAAAACGGCCAAAUGCUGGUGAUCCAUGGGAUGAACUCCUAGAAGAGAGUGUGAGGCCUCAUACAAGAAGAAAGGUAAUACCAAUCUACCGAGAUCAAGACAUCACUACAAAGACCCAAGCAAGUCUAAACUAUAGUCCUUUAAGUGCAACACUUCAAUUCGGACCUACUUCCGAUUCCGAAGCUCCUCAACAACCAAACUCUGCUCCUAUCUUUAACACUGAAACAGACCAACUGGAAUCGGAUAACAAGGAAUUGUCUUAUGUGCCCCCUUUAACUACCACUAAAAAAACUCCAAAUUUGAAGCAAAUACUUAAACAGAAUCCCGGAUUAAGUUUAAGUGAAAUUUUACAGCAAAAAAAUUUCACUUUAUCUGAAUUACUCAUGGGCAAGAAGGAAGCUAUCAAAGCUCUUACUGAGAGUUCUUCUAUAGCUACCACUAAAGCGCCUAAUAAAGUACAAGAUGUCAACCUUACGACUGAGAAAGCAUUUAAUACAAAUCAUUUAGAAAGUAAUAAAUAUAAAAGAUUGCCUCCUUCUGUUGCUUUGAGAAAAGAUACAAUCAAUAGGAGGUACGAGCAGUUUGACUCAGCGGAAUCUCUUAGCGACAGGGAGAUGUUAGAAGCCCAAAAAAGAAGGCAAGCUUUGCUAAAAGGUUACGAAUAUAAGAAUUCACAUCUGGGAGUAACAAGGUACGAAGUAAUUACAGAACCGACAACAGAAAAGCGAAUAUUUGUCCCAUCUCAUCCAAAUCUAUACACGUCAGUUGAUUAUAAGCCUGAUUUAGAUGAAAUUGUGAUUAACACCGAGCCUUACCUUAAAUCUGAAAUCAUUACGACUACUACCAUGGCACCAACCACAACUACUACACAAGCCCAACCCAGUACAACUAAAAAUAUCAAGCCUAGUUUCUCAAAAUCUAAAAUUGCUUUACCGAUAACGAGUGCAAAAUUAUUGAAAAUGAUCACUAAAAAAUUUAUUUCUACUACUACCACAGCUAAAGCAAUCACUACAGAAGAAGAAAAUUAUCCCAAGAUAGGUGAUUCUUUGACACCAUUCGAGAUAAGUAUCAAAGAUGUUUUUGGGUUUGGAAGCAAUGAAAAUCAGCCCGAAGAAAAAGUCUCAGAUGAACCACUACGAAUGAACAUCGAACUUGAAGAUGUUUCAGAAAUCGCAAUAUCUAAAACAACAAAACCAACCACCACCACCACGACGACAACUACCCAAGAAACUCCCAAACUAAAACCAUUCACUGCCAAAGAUGAAAUAUUAGAAAUCCUUAAAGAUCCUCAGGGUAAAGCCGGUUUAGCCCGUAUACUCGAAGCAAGAAACAUGACUAUUCAAGAAUUAAUAGAGCAAAGAGAGCGAGGAUCCAGCCAGUUGCAUUUGGCGGAUAUUUUUCACAAUAAAACCAGAGAGCCGGAACCUGUAGAGCAAGCUUUUGAAGGCAAAAUUAGCUCGGAAGUGUUUUCUAACUUUCCAGUAUUUGUUAGACAACCUAAAGAGCUAUUAGAUACCACUGAAAACCCUGCAACCAAAGUUGAAAGUCCUUUGCUAGUUACAGCGUUUCCUAGCUACAAGAUAGAGCUCAAAAAAGACACUUUUGUAAAUCAAAAUUCCAAAGUAUGGCAGCAACUUUACCCAGAAUUAUUUUUCAGUAAAGAAAGCGCGUCAACAACUCAAGAGGCCUUACUACUUCCUUCAAUAGAAGAAGUGAUUAGUCAAAAAGUUCCAGAUAUCUUGUUGGAUGAAGAGAUUCAAAGAAUAGACGAUUUAAAUCAAAACCUCUACGCGUCAUUUUCAAAUAAAAAUCCAAAUAAUGUAGAUGAAACCUCGAAAAAAGUCCUUGCCGUACCAUCAGGAAUAAAAUCUGCUAUUGUUGCUAGUCUAGCAAUAAUAGUUUUAUCAAUGAUAGUAUUUGUAACCAUACUAGUUGUGUUUAAAUGGUCACAGAAAAGAAAGAAACUUUGUUACAUAGACAACCUUAAGCCUCCUUUAUUUGAGGUAAAACAGAGGAAUAUAAAAACAUUUGUUGCUGAAACAUUAGGAAAGAAAAAGGUGAACUAUUACCAAAGGCAUUUGCAGAGUAUGAGUGAUGGGUGGGAGACUGACAGUGAAAGCAGAAAAAAUGUAUUUUAAAGAUUUAUUUAAAAAAUGCUUUAAGGACUGAUCUAAAAGCAUACUUACUGACAUAUAUAAGGUAUGCCGCUCAAUGAACUUUUAGACUAUUUAAGUGUUAUUUAUGCAUAUUUGUUUAAAAUGAGGAAACUGUAAAAUAUUUAUUAUACAAAUUUAAGCGUUAAGUAUUAUUAGGAAUAAGGUAGCUUACAGUAUAAGCUACUGAAAUAAAGUCUAUAGCUUGUUAAUAAAAA